AUGGAAGACGAGGAGGAAGAACAAGAAUUCUACCUUCAGAAUGGUAACAAUCAACAGUUUCAGGAUGAUCCAAACUACCCCAGGCCUGGACACUGCCGGAUGGAUAGGAGGCGGACGUCAUACGCCCACCGUGCCGUGCUGGCUGUUGAGAAUGUCGCCAGACGGAUGUCUAUGCCAGCUUUUACUGUGGACACUAUUGCACAGAACUUAGAGGAAGAAAUUGAGAGGGACUCCGAAGAGCCCAAGGGAAAUUUUGAAAAAAUACAGAGAUCCGGGGAACAAAUCCUCCACAGCAAGAAGAUCUUACUUCUCAUCGUCGUGCUGAAUAUCAUAGACUGUGCCUUAGUGUUAGCGGAACUGAUCCUAGACAUUCAUUUUAUCAAAGACAUGGUGCACGAGGCUGAGGAUCUACUAUAUAAAUUUACUACAAUUCUAUUGCAAACGUUCCCCGCCAUUUUCAUUGGACUUGAAACAGGGGAGGUGGCAGACAUAUUCAACAAAGUGAUUGAUGUAAUCACUUCAUAUAACCAGACAACUGAUAUAUACCUCAAUCUUAGUACCAAUUCAAACGUGACUUAUUCAUACCGGAGUAGACGACUGGCUGCUUUGGCGGGAAUACAGAAAGACUUCUUCACAAAUGCUGACCUUCCUGCUUUCCUGGAAUCCGAUCAGAAACACCAUCUGGUCGAAGAUCUGGCGCAUGCAUUUCAUAAAGCCAGUAUAAUCAUUCUAGGGAUUCUUGUUUUGUUGACUUUGCUGAAAGUAUUUUGUUACGGGUCAACUCUUUUCAAGAAAAAGUUUGAGCUGUUUGACGGAUUAAUUGUCGUCACGUCCUUUGUCAUUGAUAUUGCCUUAAUCAAAGGCAUCAUGGGAUAUCCCCUGGAGGAUGCUGUUGAAACCUUGGCCUUCCUUAUUCCUUGGCGUGUAAUUAGGGUCGCCAAUAGUUUGGUGAUGGCGGUGAUGGAUGAGGCACAUCUCCAGCUGAAAAUGAUCUACACAGAGAAAAAAGCGGUGGAGGAGAAAUAUGAAGAGGCGGAGUCAAACCUCAAAUAUCAAAAGAAUGUCAACAAGAUACUGAGAGAUCUGUGUAUCAGUGAAGGGAUCCCUAUGUCAAAAAUUUCAGAGAAAACAGCCGGAUGUGAAAUGCCACGCUUUGUUAUAAGAGACAGAAAACGGAUACAUUUAAGCAGAAUACGGAAGAAGUUAAAUUGUUUCACUAGCCAGGAGGACGGGAAUUCAUUACCAUAUGGUCACAGCAUACCGCAUUUGUACAGAAAAAACGGAAUAUAUUCCGUUGAUCCGUACAAUUCCUCUGACGACGGAAAAGCGACACCUUCUGACGGCACGCUAUCAAGACGUUCGACAAUGCUGUCUAUUCCAGAAUCAACACCACAUGUUGUACCGGACAUUAGAAUCCAAGACUCGGAAGAAAUAAAUGACACUUCUGCUAUCAUCGUCCAGGAAAAUGAUGAAGAAGGCAAAUCACUUCAGAGACUAAGUCCUGGGAAGUAUAGAAAGGCACACAAUUAUGUAAAAAGGAACCAUCUGGAAACAGCCAUCAGUGAAAGAAAGCACUAA